AUGGCCAGUGCUUCCACAUCACGGUCGACGACCAUGUCGUCGAACUCUCAGCCCUCGUCCAUCAGGUCCGUCGAGCUCAACAACAACAGCAGGGGCUCGCCCCAGCCAAAUGCCCAGAAUGGUCAAGCCGCUACUGCCGACCAAAUACCGAAACAGCCCGAAAAAGCAUCUGUCAAGGAUCGCCUCACUCGCAUGUUCUCGACAAAGGACGUCAGCAGGCUCGAGCUGAACGCCUCGCCCUCAAAGAAGCCUCUGCCCGCCGCGACCAUUGCGGAGCAAGGCUCGACAUCAGCUGCCUCGACUCCUCCCCUCAAGCCCACAAUCCCGUCGCGGCAAGCAUCCGUUACAGAUAGGCUGGACAAGCCGGCAGAGAAGACCCCUGGUCCCAAGUCUGGAAAAUCAACCAACGGAAACGGCCACCCCUCGCAGCGCUAUGUCGUCAACCCCGAGGCACAGGGCGGCCACGAGCACCACCUCAGGUCGAGCAGGCGCCAGGAGAAGCUGACCGACAUGUUCAAGGGUCUGCUCGGCAAACGUGCGGAACAAGUGCCCGACAGCGACCUGUCCCUGGUCUCGAACUGGGUAGACGCUCUGAAGCAGGAGAAGGAUUCGAUGGCUUCGGACAGGAAGGGCGGCCCCAAGGAGACGGUCACGCUCGUAGAAAAGUACGGAAAGUGCCAGGAGGUUGUUGGGCGCGGCGCCUUCGGCAUAGUCAGAAUAUCGCACAAGAAGCUCGAAGGCCUGCCAGGCGAAAAGCUGUUCGCCGUCAAGGAAUUCCGACGACGCCCGGAGGAGACAGAGAAGAAGUACAGCAAGCGGCUGACUGCUGAGUUCUGUAUCUCCUCCUCUCUCCGACACCCCAACGUCAUCCAUACCCUGGACCUUCUCAAGGACGCCAAGGGGGACUAUUGCGAGGUUAUGGAGUUCUGCGCUGGUGGUGAUUUGUACACUCUGGUGCUUGCCGCGGGAAAGCUCGAAGUGCAGGAGGCAGACUGCUUUUUCAAGCAGAUGAUGCGCGGCGUCGAGUACAUGCACGAAAUGGGGGUUGCGCACCGCGAUCUGAAGCCUGAAAACCUGCUGCUCACGACAAAUGGGGGCCUGAAAAUUACCGAUUUUGGCAACGGCGAGUGUUUCCGCAUGGCGUGGGAGAACGACGCCCACAUGGUGUCCGGGCUGUGUGGCUCAGCGCCAUAUAUUGCGCCAGAGGAAUACGUCGACAAGGAGUUCGACGCUAGAGCGGUGGACGUCUGGGCUUGCGGUGUUAUCUACAUGGCGAUGCGGACGGGUAGGCAUCUGUGGCGGGUUGCCAAGAAGGACGAGGACGAGUUCUAUGCUCGAUAUCUCAAGGGGCGCCGAGACGAGGAGGGCUACGGCCCAAUCGAGUCCCUGCACCGGGCUCGGUGCCGAAACGUCAUCUACUCAAUAUUGGAUCCCAACCCGACAAGACGGAUCACGGCUUCACAGGUGCUCAAAUCAGAAUGGGGCCGUGAGAUAAAACUUUGCAAAGCCGGUGAGGAAGGCCUCUGA